GAGGAGUUCGUGCCGGACGUGGAUCCUAUGCCCAGCCCAGCCCAGCCCAGGCCAGGACGCUGGGCGGCUUGGUCCCGAUGUCGGCAGCCCCAGGAAAUGCCUCGCUAGGGUGCGAGUAAGUACGACGAUCAACGCUGGAGCCACCACAACAUGCACCGAGAUUGAAGGUUUGACUCAUCAAUAAACACCGACGACAACUCAAUACCUAAUGGGAAAUGUCAAUGACCAACAGCAAUUGCGCCAUUACAAUCAUAUGUGAACUAAAGCUGGUCUAGGCGACCAGCGCCUUCAGGCAAUAAGUUAUCAAGGCCUCACCUCAUUCAUUACUUCCAGAUCCGUCGUGCUGAGACCUCGUCCAUGGUCAGCCAGGUUCAACAAUAAACAGAAACAAUGGGCGUAUUCUACGAGACUCUACCACCCAAGCUGGUAGGCUGGCUCCUCGAACAAAAAGUAUUUUGGAUCGGUUCCGCGCCUCUUUCCGGCGAAGGGCACAUCAAUGUCUCGCCGAAAGGUGUUUCCGACAAAGGCGGGCCAUUCUUCGGUGUGAUCAAGGAACGUAAAGACGGCAAGGUUAUUUCAGCCGACGACGAGGACGACGAUGAAAAGGACAUUGUCAUCAACAAAUUUUGGUACAUGGACCUCACGGGCUCGGGGAUCGAGACUACCAGCCAUCUACAUGAGCCGGGCAACGCGAGGAUAACAGUCAUGUUCAAUGCGUUCACUGGGCCGCCGCGCAUUUUGAGGUUGUUUGGGAAAGGGCGCGUUCUAGAAUAUGGCACGCCAGCGUUCAACGACAUCAUCUCCAGCCAAAAAGUCACGAUCAUCCCGGGCACGAGAUCGAUCAUCGUGGUCGACAUACACCAGGUUGGCACGUCCUGCGGAUUCUCAAUGCCUCUAUACGAUUUCGUGGCAUUUCGGCCCACGCUCAAUGACUUUUUCGAGAAGCGGGUGGCCAACGAGAAGGCUGGGAAACGGGAGGAUGGGAUUGAGAGAUAUUGGGCGUCCAAGAACGCCUUCAGCAUGGACGGCCUGCCUGGAAUGCAGCGAGGUUUACAGACUGGUCUUAAUGAGAAAGUCAGACCUAUCAAGAAAAUGACUGGCCGGAUGGCGAUUGUGGAGGGACGGGAAUCGCGACGGCCGCAGAAGAUAUUCCUCUUAAGGCAUAUGGUUCUCGUGGCGGUAGUUAGUUCGAUUAGUACUGCUUUGUUUAUGUUGUUAUUGUUGAGAUUCUUUGGGCUGUUAGAUCAGAGGCGGAUCUUUGUUCGUGAGCGCAUUCACAACUGACCUGGGACCGUGUUCUCACGAUGGUGUUCUGGAUGAAGCAUUUGUCUGCAAUUUGUAGCCGUCUGGGGGCGACUGAUUCGAGCAAGCUGUUAUCU